AUGGCGACCCCCACAGAAGGCAGUAACCCCAGUGGCAGACUGACACCCCGGCUGCUGACACAGCUGCGGGAGCUGGAACCGCGGGUGGCCCGUCGACGCCUUUCCCAAGCCCGCCACCGAGCCACCCUGGCAGGGCUGUUCAGUGACCUCAGGAAGACCGUUUACUCCCACUCUGAUCUCACAGCCUCAAAGUGGCAGGUUUUGAAUAAGGCCAAGAAUCACAUUCAGGAGUUGGAACAAACCUUGGAUAAUCUGCUGAAGCUGAAAGAAUCCUUCAACCUGGAGGAUGGGAACGCAAACAGCUUAGAGGAAGUCAAGGCGGAGUAUGCCAGCAUGUACUCUGGAAAUCCCAGCCUGGUCUCAAAUAAGGUUCAUCAGAAAGGCUCUGCCACCUGGUGCCCAACUGAGGCAGUCGGGAAGGAUGCUGAGGGGGAGGAAGAGGAGGAAGAGGAGGAGGAGGACCAAGACGAGGAGGAAGAGGAGGAAGAAGAGGAGGAGGAGGAGGAGGAGGAGGAGGAGGAGGAAGAGAAAAAAGUGGUGCUCUUGCACUCCCCAAUCACCUUGUUGCCAGACCUCAUGGAAUUUGAACGGUACCUCAACUUCUACAAGCAGACGAUGGACCUCCUGAUCGGGAACGGGGUUGUCUCCUCCCAGGAGGUGAUGCUCCCCAUCGUCUCUGCGGCCAUCUCCCACCUGUGGCAGAGCCUUUCUGAAGAGAUGAAGGCCAGCCUCCUGCAGGCCUGGGCACAGAGGCACAGCACCCUCUCGAGCCUUGCGGGUGCCUGUCCGGAGCCGGCCUGCACCGAGGGCAGCACGAAGGACAGUGGGGUUGACAGCCAAGGAGCCAGCUGCUCGCUCGUCUCUACCCCGGAGGAGAUACUCUUUGAAGAUGCCUUCGAUGUGGCGAGCUUCCUGGACAAAAGCGAGGCUCCAAGUACUUCUAGCUCUAGCUCGGUGUUUGCCAACUGCAACCCAGAAUAUCCGGAGGAGAAGUUUCAGCUCUACAUGCAGAUCAUCGAGUUUUUUAAAGGCCUUUGCUGUGUUAACACUCAGUUAAAACAGGAACCAGACCUCCCCAUUGACGAUGAGAUGAUAAUGCUGAGGUGCAUGGAGACCUUUGACGAUGAAGAUCUGUGA